AUGGUGGGUAUGUACAGGCUUGUGGGGCGUGGAUCAUAUCAACAAACGAGCUGUCCUCGUGGAGAAGACGAGCUGGAGCAGUUCUUUCCUAACUGCGAGGGCGGGAAUUUUGCAUGCAAAGACAGUCGUGUAUGCGUGCACAUGGAUCUGGUCUGUGACAAGUUCCCGCACUGUCCCAAAGGUGAUGACGAACUCAACUGUAGAAUGACGUGUAGGACGGGCUUUUUGUGUGUGGGCGGGGCUAUUAGUGUCUAUAAUUAUGACAGAAACACACCUCUAACUUCUUUGAGCUUUAUUGAUCGUAGAACUCGCUAUCUUAACCUUUCUGGCUUAAUUCUUACAGAAAUAUUUCCUAUAGCUUUUCUAGAACUGUCUAUGGAUAAUUUAAAUGCGCUAAUAUUGACGGAAUGCAAGAUAAAAGAGCUCGGAAAUUUUACUGACAUUUUUACUGGUACAAACAGUGUCAGAAGUAUCUUGGGUUUAUCUAGCGUCCACACACUAGACCUUAGUUACAACGACAUACAACAUAUCAAUGAACACAGCUUACUAAAAACCAUGUACAACCUCCGAGUCAUCAACUUGUCACACAAUCGCAGACUCACAGAAAUCAACCCAAUGGCAUUUCAACUUUCAGGACUCCAAAGUGCUUUGCAAUAUAUUGACCUCUCGUACACACAGAUUAAAACAACAGGUCAAUUGUUUAAUCAGUUAGCUAGUCUCCUCUUUCUCAAUCUUAGCAAUACACAACUAAUGGACUUAAAUGAAGAAACCUUCUCAACUGCAAGUCACCUUAAACUUCAAAUACUGGAUCUCCGAAGUAUAGAUAUUACUUAUUUACAUCCGGACACUUUUAAGGGCGUGAUGAUUUCAACUGGUAUGUACACAGACACGUAUUCACUGUGCUGUCCCCAAGUUCGUGGCACGGGAAUCCACUCUGAUGUCUGUCACUCUCCUGUAGAUCCACUGUCAUCCUGCUCAGACCUAAUGGGAGAAGUAUUCAAGCGGAUUUUGUUGUGGCUGGUCGGGCUUGUGGCUAUUAUUGGUAAUCUGAUCGUCAUUGUCUACCGAAUCAAAUGGACGCGUUCUUUAUUAACAAAAGCCUACGGAAUGUUUGUGGUGCAUCUCGCUGUAUCAGAUGUGAUAAUGGGCAUCUACUUGUUGAUAAUUGCUUCAGCAGAUCUCUACUACAGGGACACCUACAUCUGGUACGAGCGACAAUGGAGGCGACACACUGUAUGCCAGAUUGCAGGCUUUGCCUCAGUAUUGUCCAAUGAAGUCUCCACAUGCUUUGUGUUCUUCAUCACCGUCGAUCGUUUCUUGGUGAUCAAGUAUCCUUUCAGCAACGUCAGACUAUCCAGGAAGAUGACUCUUGCCAUAUGUAGCCUCGUUUGGCUUCUGUGUUUUAUUGUGGCUCUGAUACCACUGUUCCCCAUGUUUAAACACUGGACGGUUUACAGUUCGAACGGCAUGUGUCUGGGACUUCCUCUAACAAGCCAACGACUUCCAGGAUGGCAGUUUUCCAGUGCAAUCUUUAUUUGUUUCAACUUUGUUAUGUUUCUGUUGAUUGCGUUGGGACAAAUGUCAGUCUACCGCACAAUGGCCGCGGCAAGUAAAGCUCAGCGGGACCUUUGUGAGAUCCCAAAUAUUCGACAGCAGCAGGAUUUCGCUGUGGCCAGAAAUCUGUGCCUUGUCGCCAUGUCCAACUUCGCCUGCUGGUUUCCCAUCGCAGUUAUGGGCUUUGUUUCCCUGAGCGGUUUUGAGAUUGGAUUAUCGGCCUUUGCUUGGUCUACUGUGCUGAUAAUGCCUAUUAAUGCGGCCCUAAACCCACUCCUUUAUACUGUACCGGCAGUUCUGAGAAAGGUUGCUGGUUUUAAAAAAGUAAAGAUCAAAAAACGACCACCAGUGACCCAGUUCACAUGCUCUAAAUGUCAAAAUGCGUUGGCAGUAAACACAGCAGAAGACAAAAUGUAA